AGUUUAUGAGUGACUGCAAUAAGUAGCAGAGAUGUCAGCAGCCACGAAAUUUUCACAUUUUUCAAAGGCGAAAAAAGUAAUUAAAUCGUGCAGGUUCUCUAUGGAUUAUAGUUAUUAAACAUUCUUUGGAUAUUGUGUGAAAGAUUUAAAUAAUUUUUAUGAAAAGAACUAUGCGAUUACAUAGUGAAAAUUACCAGUGAAAUUCGUGUGGUCGGAUAUUUUACGUAUUUACGAGAAAGAUUUUGUGCGUAUGCGUAAGCAAAAAGGGAGAAAGGAUAACAUUUCACAGCAGAAAAUAUCUGUGAGCAUUAUUUAAGUGACAGCAGCGUGUCAUACAUCAAAACUAUAAAAAGAACACAAAUAGCACACCUACAAUGGAUGUAGGAGAAAUAAUUGAAACAGCUGAUGGACCUCCACAAACAAUAAGUUCAGAAUUAAUUAAAAACUCCGCAGAAUCAACAACCAAGAUUGGUACCAGUUCCGACCAAGGCGUGUUAAUUGAGAAUACUUCUGGCUUAACUAUACCUUCAAAUAACAGCAAAACACUAAAACGUUGUUUGAGCGUGCCAAUUUUGCCCGCUGGCUCUUCUUUCACAUCAAUGACUACUCGAGCCGCUGCAGCAGCUAUGGCCAUGCGAAAUGUUGGAAAUACAGCGAAUCCUGUAGGUGGAAAUAACCCAAAAGAAGCACUAUCAACACCUAUAAAACAUCAAACUUUUAACAAACGUGAGGCGGUUGGCGACGUAUCAACCGUAAACAACUUUGGACACAAUAUACAUAUUGGAAUACCACGUUCAAAUCCUUCCUCCAGGGAAGUUUCACCGGCGCCAGUGUUUAACAUAUUCGCACCCCGUGCUCGUCGUUACUCGGCCAGUUACACUCCUCAUGGGGCAGCUACCGUUGGAGGCAACUCGACUGCAGUAAAUGGCUUGCCACUUUGUCUCACUCCGCGUGUCUCCCAGUUAAGACAAGAAGAAUGCGUAGACAUGUUAAAUACACGCGAAGCAAAUCAUGAACGUGAAUUACAUAGUGCCAUGCAGAUGUCCCAAAGUUGGGAGGACUUGACUUUGGUUGCCGAAAAUUGGUCCUGUAAAUCAGAGGACUUAAGUAAUCCACUACAGGUUUCCUUGCCAUCUGGAGUUACAAGUUGUUCGAGUCCGAGCCCAACAAAUAAUCGUGCCGGGAUGAGGCUACCAUACGGUUUGUCACCAUCACCAACAAGACGUACUUUCGCUACUAGACGAUCAAUGUCACCAAUCGCUAUGCGGCCAUCACAAUUAGGACCCGUCAAGCGCAAAUUUGAGCUGGAUGAUGGUGGUGGUACUGGAAGUAAUUGGAAUGUAUAUUCGCAACCACCUUUGAAGAAAAUAUUUACGGAGAGUCGAGGCUCUUCACCAGUUUGUCAAUCACCAUCUUCAAUAUGCCCCAGCCCGGAUUCUGGAACAUACGAUGGUCGAAUAACACCAAAGCUAUUCAUAUCGAAGUUAUGCACCAAUAAUACAAAUAACAACUCAGCUUGUUCAUCACCAAGUAGCAGUGUAAGUGGCGGGAUCAUCGACUCAACAACUACCUCAGGGAUAUGCUCCUCUGGCUCCUCAACGGCUUCCUCCAUAUCUGGUGGCAGCGAGCCAAUGUGCAUUGGAAAUGGGGGAAUGGAUGAAGGCAUUUCAAUGACAGAUAAUAACGAAAAACUUAGAAAUAACAGAAUUUCGACAACCAGUGGUUCUUCUGGAUGCAGUGUAGAUACAAAUACAGGCAGUGAAGUUCAAGCAAUGACCACUGACAUACAGGAUGAUGCUACCUUGUUGGAUGACAUGAAGAGUGAGACAUCGUCCAUAGGGGGUUGCUCCAGCAUCAGCAUCGAGUCAUCUUCCUGUGACAGCGCCUCCAAGGCAGCUGCAAGCUUCCUUAAUAGACUGAACGUUGAUGAUAUUAGCACAAGUCCGCUGGCAGUACAAAAAAGCUUUUACAUCAACAAACAGGGCUUAACUGGUAAUAAGAAAUUCAUUGUUAGCAGUAUAAGCAGCGAACCAACCGAAAGUAUUAACGCAACUAGCACCAACGUUAACGCCUCUACUCUAACAGUAAGCGCAUCGGACCUUAUCUCUUCAUCAUGCACAAAUGGUUCGUAAAUAAGCGAGAAGUUGUCCGAUUUCCCAAUAAAUUAAGUUAUAAUUGAUCGAGAAGGAUUUCUGUUCUGUUUUCUCGAAGUUUUUUAUUUUGCCUUGAUAUUACAAAACUAGCUGGCAUUAAAGUACUAGGAAUUUAGAAAAAAGUUUGUUUUAAGUUGAUAUAAAUAUGUUCUCCCGCCAUCAUUUAUUGUUAUCAACUCAUUUUUGUAGAGUUUAGUUGUCUUUUCUAAUUCAUGUCAUAGUCCACUUACUCAAAUUGUUUUGUCUGUUAAUCAGACUGAGUAUUUGGCAGUCGUUUCAUUUCAUUUUCAUUUAGUAAUUACUGUUAUUUAAGUCUGUAAUGUAUGUAUGUGUAUAAAUUAGAAUAAUUUAUGUAAACAAAAAGUGAAUUUCACUUAAUGAUAUGAAGAAAAUUGUUUCUUUUUUGUUUGAUAUAUUUGAUAUCUGAUUUAUGAAAUAUAUUUAUUAAAUUGCGUGACACUUUAAUUACCAAUACAUUGUUUUGUAAAAUAAAUUGAAUAGUUAAUCGCAUGUGGGUUAGUUAAUUUUUGACUAGAGGAAAGCCUUGGACUGAAUUGCAAGAUAAAAACUUUGUGUUUUUAAAAUAUUUAUAAUAAUUCUUCGGUGAAUGUUUAGGUAAAUCCUAUAAUUGUCGUCGUGAUUGUUAAUAACUUUAUAGCUCCUAUAACUCUUUAAAUGGUGUUUAAACUUGCGAAUUAAGAAAAUAUAUUUGCCGAUCUACGACUAACUAUUUAUGAUCCAUGGUUAAAAUGUUGCGAUGUCUGCAAAGGAUCACACAUAAUUGCUUCAUGUAACUUUAAGAAACAAAAUAAAUACGAUUUUAAAUUCAAUAAAA